AUGCUAUGCUCAGUAUUGGAAAUCAUAAAGCCUGAAGAUCUGAUGGAUAUUCGUCUUGUCGUUUCAAAGCUUCAUGGGAUAUCGUUGGACACAAUGUGGAGAUUGCUAUUCACAACUUCUUCUAUCGAGGUUUCGGAUUACCGACCUAUAGCUUGUUGUACGGUGCUUUACAAAUGCAUAAGUAAAGUCAUUAUAAACAGAAUAAAUGGUUAUUUGGAUUCUUUAAUUGAUAGGGCUCAAUCGGCUUUAAUUACGGGUCGGAGGAUUACGGAUAACAUUCAUAUGGCUCACAAGCUAGUAUCAGGCUACCAUUCUAGGGCAGGUCCACCAAGAUAUACGUUGAAGAUUGACAUCAAAAAAUCUUAUGAUACGGUGGAUUGGCGAUUCCUGCAUAUUAUGCUACAUGGUAUGGGUUUCCAUCCGGUUAUGGUCAAGUGGAUAAGGGAGAUGGUGUCUACUACUUUAUAUUGGCUUGUGAUUAAUGGUAAUACUUAUGGGUUUUUUCAUGGGGAAGGGGACUGA